GCCUAGCACUGCUGGAACAAAGGCAGGCGCUCCAGUCAGCGACACGCAAGUAGCCCAGAGAACCCUAGGGGUGGGUGUUCUCAAACUCAACAACGUUGUAAAACAAGACGAAGAGUUCGAGCAGGUGGUGAGCAUGUGGUCGCGGACUCCGAAGCCUACGAAUGAAGCCGACUACGGUGAUGAUUGGGAUCCCAUCAUUAGGGAAAUUAUGGACAGCCCGAUGACUCAUUACGAGAAAUCAAACAGAGGCGAACGCUUGCAAAUCUACCUAAGGAGCUUCAGCCACCCUGAUGCGGAUGCAUUGAUCAAGGCAACUCCAACACUUCUCGCGGGAGUCAGCAAAACGAAUCGCAUGGGCUUCUCCGGUGCCCCCUCGAAACCACGUUCGGACAUCUACCUGACCAUCAACCAAGCAACACUAGCUAGGCAGAAUCUUCUCUCGCGAUACGGUGGUAGCGCCACCCCCAUGCCGGCGUCUACGCAAGGGAUCAACUUUCAGCUCACUGCCGAGGUUCGCCGCAACUCAGGGGAGCGCAUUGAAAAUUGCAUAUAUGCUUCGUCGAACGGCGACGCCUUGACUACGUUCAAAUCGGUAGCAGUCGAGAGAGGCGAGGCAUGGGGCCAGAUCCUGCGGCUUUCGCUAUCGCCUAGCGACGUGUGUAACGCGCAUGUUGUCCUCUUCUUAUGUAACAUGCCGAAUCCACCUUUCGCUGUCGCCCACAUUCCCCUAUGGGAUCAGCAGGCUUUUGUCCGCGACGGCACGCAUGGUCUGCUUCUCUAUAAGAUUGACGAGCACACGUCAACUCCCCUGCCCGGCCCUGUCGGCAAAGGCGGCUACCUAUCACUACCAUGGACGCCACGCGGUAACAACGAGCGCUCUGCCGAGGUGACUGGGCCUCUUGCCACACUCUUUGUCGAUACAUACCUUUGCAGUACCAAGUUCUCCCAAGAUCGAGUGGUGCUAGGCCUGCUUAGAUGGAAGGAUACGCCCCGAGACAAUAUACCGCCAAUAUUACGGCAGCUGAUAUUCGUGCCUGAAAUUGAGGUGGUCAAGCUACUGAGCGACGUGCUGAACGGGCUCUUUGGGAUUCUGGUCGAGUACUCGGGCAACGAUGAAUAUGAAGACCUCGUCUUCACUGCAUUGGUCCGGGUGCUAGACAUCGUGCACGACCGUCGAUUCAAUCUUGGGCCGAUAGUCGACCGUUACGCGGAGAACGAGUUCAACUUUCCCUUUGCUACGCCUUGUCUGGUGCGGUCGUUUACCAGGCUACUUGAAAAUCCAACAGAGCCCGAGACAGCCCGCAAAUUGCGAGCAACCUUCAAGGUGGUUCGCCACAUACUCAAAUUCAUCACCCACUCAAGGGGGCAGCAGAAGGUCAAGGAGGCUGGCAUAGGACUCAAAUCUUCCACGACGGGUUUCAGUCGCCACCUGCGUUCCAUUUUCAAGGCACUCGAUGCGAUGAUGCGCAACACCUCACCCGUUCUGGUCGGGAGUCAGACACUUGCAGUGCAGCACUUCCAUACGUGGCUCCCUGAGCUAGUCGGGUUGCUUAGUGCGGAAGAGAUCCUACACAUUGCCAUCGACUUUGUGGACUCAUGCGCCGAUGUGAAGGGCAAGUUGGUGCUGUACAAGCUGAUCCUGAUCAUCAACUACUCCAAGAUAGGUCUUUUCUCAGACCCCGAACAGCGUUCCGUGCUUGUCGCGAACACUGUUCGCUGGAUCACGCCUCACUGGGGGCACGCACCGGAGAUUAACGAUCAAUGGCGAGCGCAAAUACGGUUGUGUUGCUCCGUCCUGGCCAGUCAGAUUGACUAUCUUGGGCUUGAAGUUCCAAAGCAUAUUCCUGGGAUUAUCGAUUCUUACCUGGCUCUCCUGGCUGUAGAACAGAAACCACGCAACCGCCUGUCAUUGCUCUUCCCGACCUCCUACCCCUUCCCUUCUAAAACAAUGGCUGCCGAGCUCACGCACGACGAAGCACUCGCUGAACUAGCCGCCGUGCUCUCUGCAAUAUCGACAUCCGCGGCUGGCAUGCAGCUUGAUGAGUUGACUGAAGAAGAUUUGGCAAUGAUGCUAGAGAACCUCCUCCAGGUGCAUCUUAGUAUUCUUAACGGAGAGGCCUUCCCGCAAGACUGGUUGAGCGUGCGCAUUUAUCAGCACAAAUCAACGAUGCGAGCUUUGCAAUACAUUGCCGACCUCAUGCUUGAGUCCUUCAUGCCAGAUCCCGAUGACGCAGAAGGGUUCAACACCGAGCUUUGGAAGAUGUUCUUCACAACGCUGCUCAAGUUGGUGGGAAGCCCUUCGCUGGCUUUGGAGACCUUCCCCGAACAGAAGCGACGCGCGAUCUGGAAGAUUGCUGGGGAUGUCAGAGAGCAUGGUGCCGAACUACUACGAACGACAUGGGAGGCCAUCGGCUGGGAUGCGACACCGGAAGAGCAAGACCGGUAUGGCCUAGAACGCAUGGGCGGAUACCAGGUCCAGUACGUCCCUACUUUGGUUGGGCCGAUCGUGGAGCUUUGCCUGAGUGUUCACGAGGGGCUUCGCAAGAUGGCCGUCGAGGUGCUCCAGACCAUGAUCGUCAGCGAGUGGGCUUUGAGCGAAGAUCUGUCCGCCAUUCAGACGGAGGUCAUUGAUUGCUUGGACAACUUCUUCAAAACCAAGCCACUCACGGAGAGCAUCGUCCAGAAGUUGUUUGUGAGUGAGCUGCUGGAGCGUUUUGGCGCCUUGUCGGAAUCGGAUGCCGAGCCUCUGUACGAUGCACUCCAGGAGCUCGUGGGAACUGUGGACGAGUUCCUAGAUCUCCUCACGGCUGUGCACAGCAGUGACAGCACCAACGACGCUUCGCACCUCAUCAGCCAACUGAGAUUGAUGGAGUUUUUGCGCGACAUGCAGAAAGAGGAGAUCUUUGUUCGAUACGUGCAUCAGCUUGCCGAAUUUCAGGCUGCAACUAGGAAUCAUGCUGAAGCCGGGCUGGCUUUGCGCCUCCACGCGGAUCUGUACGAAUGGGAUCCUACCAAGCAAACGACUCCUCUGCUCGAACCAUAUUUUCCGGCGCAGACAGCCUUCGAGCGCAAAGAGAAGAUCUACUUCGACAUGAUCAAACACUAUGAGGAUGGUGAAUCAUGGAGCAAUGCAUUGACCGCUUAUAAGGAGCUGCAGACGCAAUACGAGACCAAUGUCUUUGACUUCGCCAAGCUUGCUCGGACGCAACGCGCGAUAGCCACCAUCUAUGAGACAAUCUCAAAGAGCGACAGGGCUAGCUCAAAGUAUUUCAAGGUGGUCUUCAAAGGACUCGGGUUCCCAGCCAGCGUCCGGGAUAAGGAGUUUAUCUACGAGGGCGCCCUUCGUGAGAAGGGCUCUGCUUUCACAGACCGCAUGCAAGAGCAGUACCCCAACGCCCGCAUUGUCGCGAGCGGCGACGUUGACGAAGUCGAGGGCCAAUAUCUGGUGAUCUCGAAUGUCGCACCUCAUCGUGACCUCGCCCACCCCGUGUUUCAGAGAACCAGGGUUGCGCAGGUGAUUCGGGAUUUCGUCCUAUCGUCGCACCCACAGACAUUUACGAUCAUGACAAAGAGGGUCACCCAGGGCCCUGUGCACGAGCACUACUCCGAGAAGACCGUCUACACCACUGCUGAGCCUUUCCCGACGAUCUUGCGCCGUAGCGAGAUCAUUGAGCAGUCUGAGAUUACGCUGACUGCUCACGAGACGGCAUUGGAGCGUAUUGUGCGCAAGACACAGGAGAUGACAGCGUUGGAACGCCGCGUGGCUGAAGGCGACGAGGAGAACGCGGCUCUACUGCUAGAUGCCAUUAGUGUCUCCGUGAACCCUAACUCCGAACAUAGUGUAGCUUGCUACCGUCAGUUGCUCCCUCAGCCGAAGAGGCAGGCCGCAAGCGAUCUUGGCAGUGAAGAGAGAGAUGACGACGACGACACGGAAGACGAGGAGGAGGUGGAAGCUGAGCCUCAAGACGUAGCUCUCAAGAUGGCCUUGGUAGAUCAUGCUAUCAUGAUCAAACGCUGCCUGGCGACUUUCGCACGCAGUGACAAAGCACUUCUUCACCACCGACACGAGGAGCUGCAGAGCUAUUUUGAGAGCACCUUUGAGCCUGAGAUGGCCGUCUUCGCCCCGCCACAACCAUUGCGUGAAUACACACACAGUGUUACGCCAACGUGGAGGGCACCAUCGUCACCCAACGGCACCAGCACACCUACACCUGGCAUCGCGUCUGUCGUGAAUGGUGUCAGGACCGAAGAAGCCUCCGUCGCACGACCCGUGUCAGUUCAUCAGCGAAGCAAGCGUCUAAGCUUCCUCAACAAGAGAAGGAUGUCUGAUGGCCACCGAGAUUCCGCUGCAUUCCCUCCGAACGUCGAAUUGCCCGCGAGUCCUCGCAGCAGGGCCAUGAGCAAGGACACUUCACGGCGCGGUAGUUUCUUCCGGGCCCAAUCCAACGACGAACUCAGCCGGCAUUUUAGUGGCGAUGAAGCCGCGGCUGCCGCAGGUGCCAAGACGACAACGACCAUCACUGCAGACCUCCGGCGGCCAUCUCAGGCAUCCAGCCACGAUCUGGAAUCGGAAGGCAAUGGUGGUCAAGGCCUGAUCAAGAAGAACAGUGUGCGGAAGCGACUCAGCAUGUUGAAGCUGGGCGGAAAGAGGAGCAGGAACGCCACCAUGGGUAGCUUGGACGAAGAGUAGGACGACUACUUUCGAGCGUACUUUGGGCGAUAUAAUGUGGCAUUUGACAGUCUCCAGGGGCGUCGACGAGGGCGACCAUUCUCGAGUGGAUGAGUGUUCCUGGGGGGACAAGGACUUUCGUUUGAUACGAGAGGGACAGGAGGCCGAAGCAUAUUUCUCUUCUCUGUACAUGUUUGAUUCAAGGAUACCACCCGUUGCAUGGCCGGCGAGAUCCAGUGGAUUUGAUUUGUUGUUAGUUGCAUCGUCUCCUGCAAGGCGGGACGAUACGUUUCGGGAUAUAGGGAUGAGAGGAUCGGUGCAAAGAUGUUGAUAAUAGUAUUACCCUAUCUGCGAGCCUUGUUUGACUGACGAAUCCAUAUAAUACCGAACCACGACC